UUUUGUGAUUUUGUAUCAAUAAUCGCUUAAUCGGUGCAACAAAAUGGCCAGUGAAUCGCCUAUGAAAAUCUGGCUAAUAAAAAUUGGCCUAAUGAAAUACUCGGCUUUGCUGAGUGGCCAAGGAUAUACGGAUGAAAUGGAUAUAUUCAUGCUGAAUGAGAGGGAUUUAAACAGCGUACACAUCAUGGAUACCAGAGACAGGGAUACAAUCUUAAAUGCAGGUUAGUAUUCUUGAACGACCUUACCGCUGUAUUGAACUGCGCCCUUAACAAACCCCUUUCACAUUUGUACGGCUACAAAAUAGUAUUUAUUAAAGAACCUGGUACUUCGAUACAGGGCUAAUUACACAAUGAUGUCAAUGAUCUGAUAGUUACUUCAAUGGCACUUAAUUGGUUUUCUCACGCUGAGGAUUUUACUUGUUAUUAUAGUUCUUGAUUUACGGACGGAAAAGUAAAAUAGUUGUCGAAAAUAUUUGAGCUCUUUCUUAAAUCUAUAAAGUCAUAAAGUUGAACCUACCAUAGCAGACGACAAUUCUUCUCGCGGUUCAAAAGGCCGUUUGCGUAGCUAUAAAAACCUGGCUAUAGGAUUUCUUUAUGUUCACUUCCGAAUCAAAUAAACUGUGGACAUUGCACGGGAUGUUUAAAUAAAAACAAAUCAUUAAAAAUGUCUCACGUAGUGUAGACAGACUCAAGUAGUUACGACAUUGCAGCUAGAUCAUUUUAUUUGUUCGUAAAUGCUUCCAGUUAACUUUAGAAGAACUUGUAUACAGUUUUUACUUGUACUCACUAUAAACGAAACUCAAGUUUCGCUUUCUGCUUUCAAAACGGGACAAACCUCGGGGAAAGUCCAGGUAUUUGCUAAUUAACAUAGUAAUUAACAUAAUUAGCAUAAUACAAACAAUGACGCGGUCAAAGUUCUUUCCAUUUUAUUUAUUCCAGCAUUCUUGUACUUGGAGACAAAUACAAUUGAGAGAUAUGGUUUAUUUUUACCCUUCUUCUAAUGCUUGCAGAAACCAAGCAAUAUAAAGACCAAAUUAGGCCACUUUUUGUUGUAUAUUAGUUUCUCAUCCGGGGCUUCACCUAAAGUUGACGCGGGCGGGCAUUACCAUAAUAUACCGGAGUUUCCCCUCUCAUAAAAUUUAUUUUGAGGAAGUGCGCAUUAAGCAUUUAUAUAGUGCAUUACCAUAAUAUACUGGAGUUUCCCUCUCCGUAAAAUUUAUUUUGGGAAAGUGGGCAUUAAGCAUUUUUAAGGACUGAAAAAGGUCGUCUCGUGUUUUUCUGCCCUGGCUUCCGGUAGAACUUUUAUAGCUGAGUUUGGAUAUUUAAUAAGCCUGUACGUAAUGCGGGAAAAACUGGCAGUUUGGGUAUAAAAUUUCGUAUUUUAACUAUAUUUUAACCUAUAACAUUUGGGUACAUUUCUAAUUGUCUUUCUUUCAAUUUCCACUUUGGAGACAUCACAAAAUUUAUAAUAAUGGUCAAAAAUGGCAAUAAUGACGAAAAAGACCAUUUUCUUAAAAAGCAUGCGGGCGGGGAUGAGAAACUAAUAUACAACAAAUAGUGGACUGACACUAGACAACUUUUGCCUAUAACUGUCGCAUACAACCUGCUUACAACUCGAGUUGUAUUGUGUAAAUCAAGCACGUUGUCGUUUGUGAGUUGUGUGCUUCAUUUAUACACAGUACAACUCAAGUUGUAAGCAAGUUGGAUUGGACAGAUUUAGGCAAACGUUGUGUAGUCUAAAGCCCCGUUUACACUACGCUCAAUUUUUGGUACGGCACGGAUAAAAUUGGUACCCGUUUUGGUUCUUGGACUACCUAUUUAGGUAAUACAAGAACCAAAAAAACUGAAUCGAGCGUAGUGUAAACGCGGGGCUUAAAUCGCCCUCAACUAAAACUAGACUAUUAUUUUGUAAGAUCAGCUCACCUAAAUAUAUUUAUCUAUAGUGUCACAGAUAGGCAUAUCUUCUUGGCUGAAGUAUUACAAGCUACAGGAGUAUGAACAACACUUUAAACGACUUGGGAUCAAUACAUUGGCGGAGUUAAAAAAACGAGCAAUGUGCGAUGAUAUGAUGGAUGAGCUCGAGGUCAUGGUUCCUGGGCAUAGAAAGAGACUUGUCGUGGCAGGUACGCAAGACUUUUAAUACUUACAUAAAUAAGAUCUAGGUCAUGCUUUCUGGAGGUACAGGCUUGUAAUGGUAAGUAUACAGCUAGAGAUUUAUUUACUUUAAACAGCUCACAACCAAUAUAGAUAUGAUAUUUAUACCUAAGAGCUAGAGGUCACGCUUUCUGGACCAGUGUCUGAACCUAAGAGACUUGGAAACGAGAUACCGCGCAGAAAAAACUCGGCGUGCGAUUGGGUUGCGGUGACAACACAGUUCAGUUUCGAUCCAAAGGUUUCGGUCAGUGGUUGAACGGUCUUGCUAGCUAAUAACUGAAUAUAAUUGUGGUACAUAAACCUGUAUUUGUUUUCCAGCCAGCCACAUUUGCCAGCCAGUACCUCAAGAAGUUGUCCAGCCAGGACCUCAUGAAGUUGUCCAGCCAGUACCCCAAGAAAUUGAUCAGCCAGCCAGUACAUCACAGGCACGACAGCCACUGGCUUACGGUUACUGGGCAAAAAGUAAUGAAAUGCAGACGUUCGAAACAGACUUUCUUUGGGUUGAUGAAUGUAAAAUUAAAUCCAAUAUUUGUGGACAUGAUCCGAUAGAGUUAUUAAACUGUAUGGUGGACACAGGGAGCGAGGUGGUCACCAUCAAAAAAGAUAUUUUGCCGGAGUUGAAUCUUCAGUUCUUGCAAAAUAUAAACAGUAAAGGCAUACACAAGGUUGAAGAGAAACCUUUGUAUCGUGGAGUGCUAGUCCUUGGAAGUAAAGAAAUCGAAGUAGAUGUAAGUUGGAUUAAGAAUGAUUACAGUGACUGCAUGUCGUAAUAUGGAUUAGAGUUAUGGUUGAAUAUUUAAAUCUCUUUGCAGAAUAAAUAAGGAAGUUGCAUGUAGAUAUGAUGUUGACAGUGUAUUCUUUAUUUCAUAUUAGGUGAUGCCUGAUUCAUACAACUCUGUAGGAUGCAACGUGUUUCAAAAAUUUUCACAUGUUAUAGAUGGACGUGGGCACAUUUGGUUAGACUCUGGGAGUUAGAUGGAGCAUCAGAUGACGUUUGAACAAAUAAUAAUUUGACCAGAUGCACGACAAGCGGGGAAAAAGAGCGAUUGUUGGACUUGAUUUGAAACGUUUCGUUUUUUGGUCAACGCACGCACAAUCGUUUGCACGCAAUCAGGCGCAAUCUACCUUGAGUUCGAGAAUGUAUUAGUAUUCGUUCUAACCAAUCCCAAAUUAGAUAAUAUAUUUAAAAUUGUAUAAAAUAAUAAUUGAAUUAAUGAUACUGUUUUAAUUAAAAUAAUUAAUACUGUUUUAAGUGUAUAUUAUUGAUUUUUCCGGUGAAAUAUUUGUUGGACUGCAAGUUUCUUCAUGACAGAAAUAGUUCCCACAGCAGUAAAACUUCAAUUCUGAAAGCUAAAUUUGAUGCCAUCAUGAGACCAACACUUGCUAGAGUAAUAUCCACCCAGCUAUCUGACCAGAGAUCUAAAAACAAUAAAGAACUUACCUAGAUUAGGAAGAUGAAUGAAAGCUCAAACCGACUACUGUCAUUUCUUCGAGAUUCCCACAGAAAUAGGUUUGUUUCAUGCAAAGAAAUGUUUAUCAAUUUUGCAAGUAUGGGGUAUGUACCCUGCUGGCAGUGGUUUCUGAGCUGAGAUAUGCAUCUAGGGUAGGAAUCUUAACAUGUUCGUUCGCACUGUAGACCACUAAAGAUUCCAUCCUUUCAUUUCGAAUCAUUAGCGACAGCGCAAACGAACACGUUUAAAGAACAAACCUACGAAUGCUCGCAAUUUCGCCCUUUGUGGAAGCAUGAAUCAUAAAAACAUCUUUUUUAAUUACCCAUGCUGGAAGCAUGGAACUUCUUCAAUAAAACCCAUAAGCACGCAACUUCAAAUAAUUCGUAAAAAAGAAUCUUACCUGGAACUUCAUGACAGACCAAUCUACCAUACGAGGUCCGCACCAACAUGAAUAAUAGAAAUAUCAAGAUCGGGAAAAUCUUUGCCAUCGUUCAGAACAACUUCGAACAAACUCAAAGCACAAACUUGUUACGCAAAAGUAAUUAUGACGCAAGCAACAUGGAGCAAUUAAUGCUAAUUAGCGUUAUCAAAACUGCGCGCGCACUAAUUCGAUCAUGAGAGUUUGCAAGCCUCUCACGCGAGGCAAAAACGUCAGAUGCGCGCUUAAUCUACGCUUCAACCAUAGAGCCGAUAGAGACAGAUCCUCUUUCACUUUAUGAAAACACUAUUUUACUAAAUGUUUUAUUUGAAAUACUACAUGAAGAAUUGAAAAAUUUGUAUUUGUGUCCAAAAUUACCGUGAUUGUUUUCUAAUUCGAGAGAAUGGCUUCAUAAGCUUCUUGUACACCCUUGGUCACGUCCAAGGCCUGAGUCUUUAAUGCCAACUACACA